AGGAGGGUCAGUCCAGUGUUGUAGUGGCAGAGUGCAUCAUGAAGCUGCCAGCUCUAUCCCAAUGCGUCCUGCUUGGCGUUCUCGCGGGUCUGUGUGUACACGAGACGUGCGGCCUGCCACGACCCGCUCCCGCCCCUCGCCCUGAGCCCCAUGGCAGCGGCUGGGUGCCCUCAGGCUCAUGGUCCUCACCGGCGUCUUUUGGCGCAGUCAGUCCUGUCAACCCCUGGCCAGCACCAGCAGCCCAAGCAGGCUGGACUGAUUACGGCGUGGGGGUGGAUCCGUGGGCGGCGCAGGUGGUAAAGAAGAAACCAUCUUACGCAUCUCUUUAUCCAUGGGUGGAGAAACCCGUGUACCGCCAUGUCCCCUCCUAUCAGCCCCAGCCGCACGGCGGGUACGCAGGGUGGACGAGAAUUCCAGUGCUCGACGAGGAGGGAGGAAACCAGUGGGUGGCUUGGGUGCCCGAGGAGUUCGGAGACUUCGUGAUAGUCCGCAAGGACAAGGUCAAGCCAAAGAACAAGAAGAAAAUUGAAGAGGAGGAGGAAGAGGAAGAGCCGGAGCCUCCCAAGCCCAAGAAGAAGAAGGUAAAGACCAUCGUAGAGGAGGAGGCACCCGAAGAGGAGCCUCCAAAACCUAAAAAGAAGACAAAGACAAUAGUGGAAGAGGAGGCGCCAGAGGAGGAACGCCCGAAAAAAAAGGUCAAGACAAUCGUCGAGGACGAAGUGCCACCUAAGAAAACUGUAACCAAGGUGGUCACUACAGAAGAAAACGCACCACCUUCGACCUCCACAACAACCACUUCGAAAUCUUCGGACACCAGCAGGGUGACGAAGACUGAAGUAAUCGAAGAAGCUUCCACCGUUCCAGAUUCCGUCUCUGUGCCGGCACCAUCAUCCGUAAAAGCCGAGGCCAAAAAGUGACAAGUAAAUUGUCAGAGUCAGUACACAGUAAAAUUUUAAGUUCAUUUCUUUGCCAUCGUGUGGGUUUUUGAACCACAUCGUAGAAUGACCGGACAUAUUGAUAUGUAUCUUGUGCCAUUUGGAGCUAUAUAAUACGAUAGUGCAAAACAAUCAUAGAAGUUCUCUAAUAAAGUUUCUUCAUCUAAAUGAGUAAUCUCGGCAAUAGAGAGUAAAAUGAA